AUGUCAGCUCGGCUCGAACAAAUGAGCAAUGAAUCGCUGGAGUCAAAUCCCCGUGGCGCUGCGAGAGCUGUCUCGGAUGCAGGCUUCAGCGAAGACCUUCGGCGGCAGCUUGAGGAGCGCAUUGCAGGCGCAAACUUCCGGAACCAGCAUGCUAGUGCACUCGCGCAGGUUGAGAUGGGCAACACGACCCCGAGACAUGCCCGGAAUAUCGCAAUGUCACAACCGUGGCAAGGAAUGGAGAGCGUCGAAGAUGCUGCGCUCAGGAUGCUAACAGAUUCUCAUAAACCCAUGCGAAGCUCGCGACAAUCAUCAGGACAGCCAUUCCGAAUGCCUCAAACAGUAGACACCGGAAGAGCAAAGCACAAGCCCGGAAUUGCCAGUGUGAUUGCAAGAGCAAAGGAGAAUACUGCUACGUACGAGAAGAUCAAGGACUCUCCUGUCAGCAAGGAAGAGCGAGAGAAGAUGCUGGCCGAGAUGCGUGCCAAAUUCCACCCACACGCCCGCAGCGUCGUCCCAGGCACUAUCCAAGGCCUCGCCUCCCUCGCCAACGAACGCAUCGAGGACGCUAUCGCUCGUGGCCAGUUCAAGAAUCUCCCUCGUGGCCAAGUCAUCGAGCGCGACUACACCGCCAGCAGCCCCUUUCUCGACACCACCGAGUACUUCAUGAACAAGAUCAUCCAGAAGCAGGAGAUCGUCCCUCCGUGGAUUGAGAAACAACAGGAACUUGUCAGUGCGGCAGCAAAGUUCCGUGCGCGUCUACGGAACGACUGGAAGCGCCAUGCCGCACGCACAAUCGCGAGCAAGGGUGGUACGCUCGAAGAACAGAUCCGCCGUGCGCAGCUGUAUGCCGAAGCAGAGCUACGCGAGAACCCUAGCAGUCGUGUCAAGGAGGAGCGCAUGAACACCAUCAGUGCCGAAGGUCACAUAUCGCAGAUUUCCCCCUCCAGCGAACUGCACGUCCCAGAUGCGCCCUCGUUGACCCCCUUUCCAACUGCCAACGUCAUUGACGAAGAAAUCCUUGUUACCACAGACGCCGUAACCGCAGAUAGCACCCCAGCACCCAUCACCUCUCCAGAUACCGCCGCAACAUUACCAACAUCUCCCCCCACAGUUCACCCCUUCCGCGACCCCAGCUGGCUUUCCACAGAGCAAGCUUACCUGACCCACGCGAUCGCCUCGCUCAACGCCCUAACACGCACUUACAACCUACAAGCACCCCGCGUCGCACAAAAGCCCUAUUUCCACCUCGAGCGCGAAUUGCGCGCGUGCUACACCGACGUCGCGCCUCAGCUGGCACCUGAGAUAAGAAUGCGUGCGCUGGCGCCCAGGGCGCGGAGUAGUGUCAUUAGUGAUGGUGGUGUACGGGGAGGUUUACUCGAUCGAGUUGUGGGAACGGGUGCGGCUGUCAGAGUCAGAGAUGAAGAGGGUGGGAAGAGGUAUGGGAUGAGGCAGUUUUGGAGGGAUUUAUGGGGUGGAGGAACGGGGUAG